ACCUACCUCACCAAAAUCCCAUUAUUAAGUACUGAAAGGAGCGCUGCUCCACCAGUACAUCACACAUUUUUCCUCUACCGAAGCAACACCCAAAAGAGAGAAAGUUUAGAGAGAGAGAGUGUGUGUGUCAAACAAGAUGGAGAAAGUUGGAGCAGUAGCUGCAGCAGGAAGCUCACCAAUGGAUACGUUUCCGGCAAGGGAUGGAGAGGUUGCUGGUGAAGGAGGAAACACCUGCUUGCGCACCGCCGAGACGUUGCUGCGUCUUUUGCCAAUGGCUCUUUGCGUUGGAGCACUUGUGGUCAUGCUCAAGAAUUCCCAGACUACUACUGACUUUGGUUCUAUCUCCUACUCCAACCUUGGAGCUUUCAGGUAUUUGGUACAUGCCAAUGGCAUUUGUGCUGGAUAUUCUCUUCUUUCGGCCAUCGUUGUAGCCAUGCCUCGCCCCUCCACCAUGUCCCGAGCCUGGACUUUCUUCCUCCUCGACCAGUUGUUAACAUACGUAAUACUCGCGGCUGGUGCUGUGUCGACCGAGGUAGUGUUCUUGGCCUACAAGGGAGACCAAGCCACCACAUGGAGUGAAGCCUGCGACACCUUUGGUGGUUUCUGUCGGAAGGCAACGGCAUCCGUAGCCAUCACAUUUGUAGUAAUACUUUGCUAUGCAGUGCUUUCGCUCAUCUCUUCCUACAGACUUUUCAGCAAAUAUGAUGCACCCGUUGGCCACAACAGCAAGGGCAUUGAGAUCGCUGUCUUCCAUGGCUGAUCAUCUUCUACCCUUCAAAUCAACAAUUAAGUUUCUAGUAGUUUUUAUGUAACAAUAUAGAAAAAAUAUAUAAAUAACGUGUAAGCAUAAGAUGUGUGUGUUUUACGGUAUGUUUUUCUGGUCAUGAAGGUGCUUGUUUGAGCCUGUUUUGUAGCCUGAUCUCAUGACCACUUGAUGUCUGGAGAAGAAGAUAACAUCAUAUAUUAUGUAAACAUAAGUCGUUUGCUUCUCGUAAUGCCUAACUUGAACUUGUUCUUCAAA